GCCCCCACCAAUCCAUGCCUAACCAUCGGCUUGCCGUUCAUCACGCGCCGUCGAAGAUGGAGCAGCGACCUCAAUAGGAGAAGACAACCAGUCCGCCUGUGGCGAUGCAUGCCCUGAGUAAGGCGAUGUCGGCGACGACGCGGGCACGGCGGUGGCGGCUGGAUGAAUCCGUGUCCCACCUGCGGUGGUAUGCUGCGGCGAUGACGAAGCGGCGGCGGCCACGUCGGUGGUCCUCGUCGCGGUCGUCCUCGGGCGCGGCAGCGCGGUGGCACCUGGCGAAGGCACAAGCGGCACGGCGGCCCCGGAGGUCGGCGGCAGCGGCGACGGCGCGGCCGCGGUGACAGUGGCGGGUAACGCGGUCCCGGAGGUUGGCGGCAGCGGCGACGGUGCGUCGGUGGCGGCGGCUGCAUUCCAUGGUGCGCCACCAGCGGUGUGCGACGGCGACGAUGACGUAGCGUCGGCAGUGGCGGGUCCCCACGGUACAGCGGCAGCAGCGGGCGGCGAAGCGGUGAUGGUCCCCGCCGUGGCGGCGGCGACGGCAGGCCAAGUGGCAGCGUUGGCAGAGGGCGGCGAAGCGGCAGUGUUCCCGGGUUCCAACUCCCUGGGAAGGGUGUUCCCUUGUUGCUCGGCAGUCAUACUAAAAAUGGGUUCGGGAAAGUGGCCAGCGCGGGGGUGGAAAACGUCAAUAUCCAUUUGUUCGGCACGACCCAACACAGCCACAUCAUGCUCAAACGCAACUCCUUCCCUCGCAUCAAACAUCCCCGCACUCGUCCCCUUGUCUCCCUGCAACUGCUCACCACCUUUGGGUGUUGACAUCCUAGUUGUGGGAUACCGGAGCUUGAGAGGUUAUAGCAGGAUUCACUGCAGGAACAACAGGAACAUCAAGCACAGACAUACCAGCAACGGGAACACCAGACACCUCCCCAUCACUAACAACUCCGAAUUCAUUUCCAGUCACAGAAUCAGACUCGCCUGGAGCUUUCACACUACUUGUGUGGAAGAGACGAAGAGGGGCGCCACUCGCUGGAGGAAUGUCGCCCGGAGGUGGAGAGGGGGUCGCCAUCGAGGAGGCAGAGGUCGUUGGGGGUGCGCUGAUAUACUGCUGCUGCUGCUGCU